AUGGAGGUUUCUUUAUUAUCAGAGCGACACCCCUCCACACCCUCUGAAUAUGUGGUUACCACGCCCUUUGAAGCCUACUCAGACUCCCCGGAUCAUGCCGAGAUGAAGAAUGCCAACGUGCGAAUGAACCAUGUCCCUCAGCAUGUGGGGCCGCGCAUCAACACCAGCGCCAGCCUAUGGCGUCAAGCCUGGGCACUAAGCUGCUUCCCUUUAUCCAAACACUCCAGCUCUAGCUCCAGAGCCGACGACGAAGAAGACAUCCCCCUUCUAGAGGAAUCCUUGCCGCGAAAAAAGCGACACGGUCGCUCGCGCAUCCCACGAUACCUCGUGCACUCUUUGCUCGCCUUUUUCGUAAUGCUCGGCCUGGUCCAAUUCCUCACUCUUACCUGUGGCAUUAUUCUCUCCUUCUUCCCAGAUGAAUACGACCGCGCAGCUUCCCGCUGGGCCCGCACCACAAACACCGCCACAGGCAUAGACACAGACACAGACAUCACGCAAUGGCCAACGGAUCUCUCCCGCGACAUCUUCCCUGUCGCCUGCCACUCUCACAACGACUACUGGCGCCGAGUACCCCUCUACUCAGCCCUACAAGCAGGCUGUACAAGUGUCGAGGCAGAUGUCUGGGCCUUCGACUCGGAAGACACUCUCUACGUAGGCCACACAACAGCCUCGUUAACAGCGCACCGAACCCUUCAAUCAAUGUACAUUGAACCUCUGCUCAGAAUCCUGGAACAACAAAAUCCCAUCACGCCAUUUCAGCGCUUCAUCUCUACCCCUUCGCAUGGUGUUUUCGAUACAGAUCCCGAGCAGACACUUGUGUUGUUGAUCGACUUCAAAACAGAUGGGGAAUCUACUUGGGUCUCUGUUAUGAAGGAAUUGGAACCUCUUCGUGAACGGGGGUUUCUUACGUAUUUCGAUGGGAAUGAUGUUAUUCACGGACCGAUUACUGUGGUCGGAACGGGGAACACGCCCUUUGAACUUGUUAUUUCCAAUUCGACAUAUAGGGAUAUAUUCUUUGAUGCACCGCUGAACAAACUUGUCGGUGGGGAUAGUGUUGAAGAGGGAGUUCUUUCUUUCUUGAAUUUUGAAAGUGAGAAUGCUUUCUCUGAUAUCCCAGAUAUGGACAGUAAGUACAAUAUCACGAAUAGUUACUAUGCCUCUAUUUCGUUGAAUGAUGCGUUGGGGUUUUCGGGGGGGUUGCGUUUCUCGAAGAGGCAGAUGGAACUUCUUCGAGGACAGGUGAAUGUCGCGCAUCGACUUGGUCUUAGGGUUAGAUAUUGGGGGUUGCCGAGUUGGCCGCGGAGUUUGAGGAAUUAUGUUUGGCGCGUUUUGGUGCAGGAGGGGGUUGAUGUGUUGAAUGUUGAUGAUUUGGUUGGGGCUACGAAGGGGAGUUGGAGGGUUGGGAUCUUUGAUUGGUGGUGGUGGUGGUGGUAG